CACAAAACUCCAUCUUAAAAACCAAACACAUGAGCUGGUGAGAUGGCUCAGUGGAUCAGGUGGCUUCUGCUACCAAACCUGAUGGCCCUACUUUCAUCCCCAGAACCCACAUGGCAAAAACAAAGAACUGAUUCCCAAGCUUGUCCUCCAACUUCCACACACUCCUUACGGUAUGCAUACCUCAUCCCCCACAAAACAAUAAUGGUCAGGGGACACGCAUACACACACACACAUCUCCAAGCUGCUGGCUGUGAUGGCACCCACCUUUAAUCCUAGCCCUCAAUGAAAAAGAAGCAAGUAGAUCUCUGUAAGUUCAAGGUUAGCCUGAUCUUCAUAGCUAGCUCUAGCCCAGUCAAGGUUAUAUAAUGAGACGCUGUCUUAAAAAAACAAAAAAUUACAUGUCUAAAUAUAUGAAGAAAAGUAUAUUUUAUGUGUGUAAAAGAUUUUCUAUUUACAUUUUUGUUAUAUUUACUUCUGUGUGUGUAUGGGGUGAGGUGGGGUAGAUUAGGUGGCCUUCAAGACUGUCUUCUGUCCUCCAGGCUGGCCUUGAAGGCCCUUUGUAACCAAGGAUAACUUAAAAUCCUGGUUUUUAUGCCUCUGCCUCCUACUUAGGCUUAAAUUCUCUGUCUCUCUCUCUCUGUCUCUCUCUCUGUCUCUCUGUCUCUCUCUCUCUCCCUGUGUGUGUGUAUCUGUGUAUUUAUUAGUAUGGAUGUAUAUUUAUGCAUAUUAAAGAAAAUUCUUUCCUAGCCACCUCCAAAAACAUCUUAACCCAGACACAAUUCCAUUUCCUCAUUGCUUGACUUCGGACCUAUCUCUCAUCACCAAUCACUCCAAAUAAUGGUCUAUGCCUUUUUGAGAGCCAAUCAGCGUGCCCUUUGGAUGUCUCUCCCAAUGCUCCAAGAAAAGAUCUACAGACAACCUACAAAGACUAUGUCCGAAGGAAAUUCCAGCUAAUGGAAGACCGCAAUGCACGAUUAGGCGAAUGUGUGAACCUGAGCAAUCGUUACACUCGGCUUCUCCUAGUAAAAGAACACUCAAAUCCUAUCUGGACACAGCAGAAAUUUGUAGAUGUAGAGUGGGAACGCUCCAGAACCAGGCGUCACCAGACUAGUCCUAUCCAAAUGGAGACCCUCUUUGAGCCAGACGAAGAACGCCCCGAGCCACCACACACAGUGGUAUUACAAGGGGCAGCGGGGAUGGGGAAGUCCAUGCUGGCCCACAAAGUGAUGUUGGACUGGGCCGAUGGGAGGCUCUUCCAAGGCCGGUUUGAUUAUGUCUUCUAUAUCAGCUGCAGGGAGUUGAAUAGAAGCCACACCCAGUGCAGUGUACAAGACCUCAUCUCCAGCUGCUGGCCGGAGCGUGGUAUAUCCCUCGAAGACCUCAUGCAGGCUCCUGACCGUCUCCUAUUCAUCAUUGAUGGCUUCGAUAAACUCCAUCCUUCUUUCCAUGAUGCUCAGGGUCCCUGGUGCCUCUGCUGGGAGGAGAAACAACCUACUGAAGUCCUCCUCGGAAGUCUGAUUCGGAGGUUGCUUCUGCCCCAGGUCUCUCUGCUCAUCACCACACGACCCUGUGCACUGGAGAAGCUGCACGGCUUGCUAGAACACCCCAGGCACGUGGAGAUCCUGGGCUUCUCCGAGGAAGCUAGGAAGGAAUAUUUCUACAGAUAUUUCCACAACACUGGACAAGCAAGCCGGGUGUUAAGCUUCUUGAUGGACUAUGAGCCCCUCUUUACCAUGUGUUUUGUUCCCAUGGUGUCCUGGGUGGUCUGCACCUGCCUAAAGCAGCAGCUGGAAAGUGGGGAGCUUUUAAGACAAACACCUAGGACCACCACAGCUGUUUAUAUGUUCUACCUUCUGAGCCUGAUGCAGCCCAAGCCAGGGACUCCAACCUUCAAAGUCCCAGCCAACCAGAGAGGCCUGGUCUCUCUGGCUGCAGAGGGCCUCUGGAAUCAGAAGAUUCUAUUUGAUGAACAGGAUCUUGGGAAACACGGCCUAGAUGGAGCAGAUGUGUCCACUUUCCUCAACGUGAACAUAUUCCAGAAGGGUAUCAAAUGUGAGAAAUUCUACAGCUUCAUCCACCUGAGUUUCCAGGAAUUCUUCGCAGCCAUGUACUGUGCACUGAAUGGCAGAGAGGCGGUGAGGAGAGCGCUGGCUGAGUAUGGUUUUUCGGAAAGGAACUUCUUGGCCCUCACGGUCCACUUUCUGUUUGGCCUCCUCAACGAAGAGAUGAGAUGCUACCUUGAGAGGAAUCUCGGCUGGAGCAUCUCCCCUCAGGUGAAGGAGGAAGUGUUGGCAUGGAUCCAAAACAAGGCUGGGAGUGAAGGCUCCACCCUGCAGCAUGGCUCCCUGGAGCUACUCAGCUGCUUGUAUGAGGUCCAGGAGGAGGACUUCAUCCAGCAGGCCCUGAGCCACUUUCAAGUGGUUGUAGUCAGAAGCAUCUCAACAAAGAUGGAGCACAUGGUCUGCUCGUUUUGUGCGAGGUAUUGCAGAAGUACAGAAGUGCUUCACUUGCAUGGGAGUGCUUAUAGUACAGGCAUGGAGGACGACCCACCAGAACCUUCAGGAGUCCAGACUCAGUCCACAUACUUACAGGAAAGGAACAUGCUGCCUGAUGUCUACAGUGCAUACCUUUCAGCAGCUGUCUGUACCAACUCCAACCUGAUCGAGCUGGCCUUAUACCGAAAUGCCUUGGGCAGCCAGGGUGUAAGGCUGCUCUGUCAAGGCCUCCGACAUGCCAGCUGCAAGCUGCAGAACCUGAGGCUGAAGAGGUGUCAGAUCUCCGGAUCAGCCUGCCAGGACCUCGCAGCCGCUGUCAUCGCCAACAGGAAUUUAAUCAGGCUGGACCUCAGUGACAACAGCAUUGGGGUGCCAGGCCUGGAGCUGCUCUGUGAGGGGCUGCAGCACCCCAGGUGUAGGCUGCAGAUGAUCCAGCUGAGGAAGUGUCUGUUGGAGGCUGCAGCUGGCCGAUCCCUGGCUUCUGUUCUCAGCAACAACUCAUAUCUGGUAGAACUGGAUCUGACAGGAAACCCCUUGGAAGAUUCGGGGCUGAAGUUACUGUGUCAAGGGCUAAGGCACCCUGUCUGCAGGCUGCGUACCCUGUGGCUGAAGAUCUGCCACCUUGGACAAGCUUCCUGCGAAGAUCUGGCCUCUACUCUCAAAAUGAACCAGAGCCUGCUGGAGCUGGACCUGGGUCUGAAUGAUCUUGGAGAUUCUGGGGUGCUUCUGCUGUGUGAAGGCCUCAGUCAUCCAGAUUGCAAACUCCAGACCCUUCGGUUGGGCAUUUGCCGACUGGGCUCAGUCGCGUGUGUGGGGAUCGCCAGUGUGCUCCAGGUCAACACAUGCCUCCAAGAGCUGGACCUGAGCUUCAAUGACUUGGGAGACAGGGGCCUGCAGCUGCUGGGGGAAGGCCUGAGGCACCAGACCUGCAGACUCCAGAAGCUGUGGCUGGACAACUGCGGACUCACCUCCAAAGCAUGUGAGGACCUUUCUUCUAUCCUGGGAAUCAGCCAGACCCUGCAUGAGCUUUAUUUGACCAAUAAUGCUCUGGGGGACACAGGUGUCUGUCUGCUGUGCAAGAGGCUGAGGCAUCCAGGCUGCAAGCUUCGAGUCCUGUGGCUGUUUGGGAUGGACCUGAAUAAAAAGACUCACAGGAGGAUGGCAGCACUUCGAGUCACAAAACCGUACCUGGAUAUUGGGUGUUGAGCAGUAAGGAGAACCAGAAUGAAGCCGACCAGGAUAUUUAUUCCCUCUGCUUUGAAGCACUUGAGGUGGAACUUUUAAAGGCCAGCCUCUGGUAUAUGGUGAGGUGGAGACAAGAUCACUCAAGGUCAUCCUGUUACAUGGGACCGUCUUAGGUCAGGAGGCCCAGUAAGUGCAGGUUGACAAAAUUGUUCUGCUUGAGACCUAAACACUCAACCUUUGAUGGAGCUCACUGGGUUUGAUGUAGAUUCCACGCAGAUAAUUUAGGACGGGGAUUGGCUGGUUAGCAGGUUUGAAGAUCAGUAAAGACCACAGAAAAGGAAAAAUAUCCAGAGUCCUAGACAUUUCCAUGGACCAAGACUGCCAUCUACUGGCCAAGUCACAGCAUAAAGACCCACAAGGUAAUUUUUCAAAAAUUGUACUCAAGGGCUGGAGUGGUUAAGUCAGAGGUCCUGAGUUCAAUUCCCAGCAACUACAUGGUGGCUUGCAAUCAUCUGUAAUGGGAUCCAAUGCCUUCUUUGGGUGAAUCUGAAGAUAGCUACAGAACACUUAUAAAUCUUUAAAAAGAAAAAUUGUACUCACACCUGAAUUUUAUACAGCAGGGGGAAAAAAAAGUGGGCUGGGGCUAAAGGUAUAAGGCACCUUACAAAUGAGGCCUCAAAACCCAAGAUUUGCACACCUGGUAUAGUUGACAGCCAAUGCUCCCAUCCUAUCCUGGGUUAUUAGAUUUUGCCCAGCUGUGGUGGUGUUCGCAUUGAAUCUCAACACUCCAGAAAACUGAGCAAGGUGGCCAAGGAUGCAGAAAUCAUGGCUGUGCAUGACUCACGACCUGACACUAGUGAGGCCUGGCAGACAUCAUUCCCAGCAACCACGUGGUAGCUCCACCACUUAUAAUGGGAUAACUCCGCCCACUUCCAGUACAGUACCCAGAGAUCUACCUUUAUUAUAUUAAAUUCAAACGCUAUCCAGAAGUCCCCUAUAUCCUCCCCCACACCCUGCUCCCCAACCCACUACUUUUUAAAACCUGGCACCACCCCAUUUCAGGUUAGCUUGUAACCAUCCAGACACUCCACUAAAAGGAACUGGCCAUGAUGUAUAGAAAUGGAAAAGACUCACAGUAUAUAAACAAAUGUGGGCUUAAAUGUGGCUAUGCUUAAAGGCACCUUUAAGCUAGUACAGGGUAAUUCUUCCUUAAAACCAUUGGAGGGGUGGCAUGCCUAAAUCCCAAGAGGCAAACAGGGGUGUCUCCCAAAAGGUGCCCUAUUACUGUUGAAAACACUUCCAGCUAUGUGUUGGUUUAACUUUUGGGGAUUUUUUCAGACAGGGUUUUUCUGUAUAGCCCAGGAUUACCUUUAGUCUCAACCCCAGUGAUUAAAAGGGUGCUUGCAUGCUUGCAAGCUUUUUUUAUCCCUAGGAACCAUGGCGGGU